AUGAGCAGUGGGCAACCCUUUAGAGACCAUGUUUCCAGCGUACUUACCAAUAUAACGACUCUGGAGCCCUCUCAGCGGAAGCCGCUCACCCCCAAACCUGUCAACUUGUCUCAUUUGGUCGAAUCCCAAAAAUUACAACAGCGAACAAUUUCUAAAAAUUCAGCUGUGACUUCUCGAAGCUCAGUCUCCAAGCUCAUUGUCAAACCACGUAAUAAACGUCCUGAACAUGGUUUGAAACCGUUAGCAGGUCUCAUAAUUGCGGAUCGACCUUUGCAAUUUGCAAAAUGCGAAUACCGUAAUAGACCUAGAAAAAAAAUCCAAUCGCCGUCGCUUUUAAACACUGGUACCCUGGUAAAUCGCAUCAUGAAGUGUGUAAAUGCUUUUGAAACGAGUUUGACGCUCCAAAGGCAUAAAUCCACGCCUGUUCAGUUCGAUAUGUUUAUCAACGCAAGUAAUGCAAAGCAACUUUCAUCUACAGAAAUUAUGAUCAUCACUGAAGAUCUUAAUGAUUCAAUGGCGCUCAUACUGCAUGAUCACACUGGGUCCAAUGUUUCUCAGCGACGAGGGCCUUUCAAACUACUUUUAAGCUCGCAAUCAAGCUUAACUUUAUAUUCGGGUCUCAAAUGGUACUUUGAGUGGCAGGUUUUAUAA